AUCCAAGGUAAGGAACAAAAGGUGGUGGGCUAGAUGACAAAAGCUGUAUUAUAAAGCUCACUUCUCCACAUUUAUAUCUCUUCUCUAUUCCUUUGUUAGAAGAUUUUAAAUAACAAACAAAACCCACAAUCUCCUCAGCAUAUAUUCUCUCACCAAAAUGGCACUGAGCAACAAUGUCAUCGGAGCCAUCAACUUUGUUGCUAUGCUCCUUUCAAUCCCAAUCAUUGGAGCUGGAAUCUGGCUAGCAAAUGAACCAGACAAUUCUUGUGUGAAACUUUUACAAUGGCCUGUCAUUAUUCUUGGGGUAUUGAUCUUGGUUGUAGCACUAGCAGGCUUUGUUGGAGGGUUUUGGAGAAUCCCUUGGCUCCUCAUUUUCUACCUCGUUGCUAUGCUUAUUCUCAUAAUAUUGCUUGCGUGUUUGGUGGUUUUCAUCUACAUGGUCACCAUCAGGGGCUCUGGCCACCUUGAACCGAGUCGAAGUUACUUGGAAUAUCAUCUUGAUGACUUCUCUGGAUUUCUUCGUCGAAGAGUUAGAAGUCCAUUAAAGUGGGAUCGCAUAAGGAACUGUCUCAGCUCAACAGACAUGUGUGCUGAAUUGAACCAGAGAUAUCGCAUGGCUCAGGAUUUCUUUAAUGCACAUAUUACCCCCUUACAGUCAGGAUGCUGUAAGCCACCGACUCAAUGUGGGUAUACAUUUGUGAAUCCAACGUACUGGAUAAGUCCCAUUAACAAUGCAGCCGAUAUGGAUUGCUUGAAUUGGAGCAACGAGCAGACCCAACUUUGCUACGGUUGUGAUUCAUGCAAAGCCGGAUUAUUGGCUAAUCUAAAAAAAGAAUGGAGAAGAGCGGAUAUUAUAUUGCUCAUUACUCUUGUGGCUUUGAUCUGUGUAUAUUUGACAGGGUGUUGUGCAUUUAGGAAUGCCAAAACUGAGGACCUUUUUCGUAAAUACAAGCAAGGUUAUGCGUGAGAGAGACAAAUACACAAGGCAGUAUCAAAAUUAGACUGGUAGCUAGUGGUGUAUUUCUUAUUGGGUGAAUCGCAUUUUGGAUAUUUUUAUGACUUUGUAUAAGAAGUAAUGCUUUUGAUUUUCUUGUCA